AUGGAAGUCAUCCCAAUCACCUCAAGAGUCGAGUCUUCUACAGAACCCACGAUUAAUUAUCCAGCCAUUCUUGUAAUAGGAAGGUGUGGGGUAGGAAAAAGCACGUUGUGCAAUUGGCUAUUAGGUUACGAAGGAAAUAGCGGUAUUUUCGAAACUGAUAGUAAUCAGAUGAAAAAUAAUGAAGAAUGUGUCUCCCAUAUUCUAAAAAUUGAGACAAGAUGGUUGAAUCUCAUCGAUACUCCCGGGCUUUUCGAUCACAGCGAAAAUUUCAGAAGCAAAAAUUCCAUUAAAAAAGUUGCUAGCAUUAUUAGAGAAUGUUCAUACGGAGUCCAGGCUAUUAUUUUAGUCAUUGACAGACACGAUCUUCAAUCUUUUGAUAACACUCUCAGGGUGGUCAGAGCUUUUUUGGGGGAAGAGAGUCUCAAACAUAUGAUCGUAGCAUUUACAUUUUGUACAAAGAGACAAACAGAAAACGAGGGAACCUUAAUUCUUCGCAAAAAUAUGAAAGAUCUUUUGACCACAGUUGGGUAUCGCAAAUUUAUUUCGCCUAACCCUGACAUAUUCACAUUAAAUGAUGGUGCGGUAAUAAAAAAUAUGAACAUAGCUCGAAGACUAAUAGAUGAAUUUCCAUCCGCAUACACAACCGAAAAGUUCAAUCGAGUUCGAAAUGCCGAAGAUAAAGCAGAACAAUCAAAAAAAGAGGCAGGGGAUGCAUGCUUUGGUAUCAGCACUAAGGUUAUACUUGAAAAUGGAAAUAUUGUAAAAAUGAUGAAUGUUACUAUUGGUGACCGAGUCUGCGUAGGCGUAAAAAAGGAUAAAUUGGAAUUCUCGGAAGUUUAUCUAAUAGCGCAUUACAACAUUGAAGUUCCUGGAGAUUGA